GGCCACGCCCCCCGCCUCGCCUGGCCAAUGACGCGGCGCGCCCGACCUGCUGCCCGGUGACGUCAUGGCCUGUGAAAAUCCCCGGUGGCCGCUGGAGCGGCGCUGGCGGCGGCGUGGGGCCCGGCCCGCAGCAUGGCCAAGCACCACCGCACACCGGCGCGCUCCGCAGAGUCCGUCAUCGAGGUCAAGAGCAAGUUCGAUGCUGAGUUUCGCCGUUUCGCCAUGAAGCGCUCUGGCAUGGGCAGCUUCCAGGACUUCUACCGCCUGCUACAGACAGUGCACCAGAUCCCACGGGUGGAUGUGCUCCUGGGCUACACGGACAUCCACGGCGACCUUUUGCCCAUCAACAACGAUGACAACUACCACAAAGCCCUGUCCUCUGCCAACCCCCUCCUCAGGAUCAUCAUCCAGAAGAAGGAGUCGGAUGCCAGUGUCUUUGCCUCAAACUCCUUGCAGCGAAAGAAGAAGGGGCUGCUGCGCCCUGUACACUAUCGGACCAAGACCCACCUCCUCAUUGGCAUGCCCCAGGACUUCCGACAGAUCUCCUCCAUCAUCGACGUGGACAUCCUGCCUGAGACUCACCGCCGCGUGAGGCUCCACAAGCAUGGCUCUGACAAACCGCUGGGCUUUUACAUCCGUGAUGGUGUCAGUGUGCGUGUGGCCCCACACGGUGUCGAGAAGGUGCCUGGGAUCUUCAUCUCCCGCCUGGUGAAGGGUGGCUUGGCCGAAAGCACAGGGCUACUGGCCGUGAGCGACGAGAUCCUGGAGGUCAAUGGCAUCGAUGUGGCUGGCAAGUCCCUGGACCAGGUGACGGACAUGAUGGUGGCCAACAGCCACAACCUCAUCAUCACUGUCAAGCCAGCCAACCAGCGCAACAACGUCAUCCGCAGCAGCAAGGCCUCAGGCAGCUCAGGCAUGUCCACAGACAGCACCCCCAGCCAGCAGACCCCCAGCCCGGCCUCACAGUACCUGAGCAACUAUAGCACGGCCGAGAGCGAUGAGGAGGGUGACCUGGUCAUUGAAAGUGACAGCGCACCCCACUAUAUCCCCAGGGGCUGCCCCAACGGGGGCCCCACAGACCAGCCCCUUCAGCAGAGCCCAUCACCACACAGCUCCCAGGGCUCCCUCCAGUCCCUUGGCAGCCACGACGGCAGCCCUGGCCGGGGCAGCAGUCAGGAGGAUGGCACCCUCCUCACCCUAUAGCCACAGGGUCCCGUGCCACCCUCAGCAGCCAACACAGGGUCCUGUGCCACUCUU